CUGGGGGGGCUGGGAGAAAGCAAGCAGCCCAAGGAGCCAGGCAGCAGGGAAGUGUCUGAGCCAGUGCCACUUUGUCCCACAUGGAAGCCUGGCUGGGAGGUGGGGCUGCAGGCCGCUCCAUGGCGGGGUGCCUUGCCCGGGGCUGCAGCGCUCAUGGCUGACCCUGUCCUUACAGAGACCUGGCAGACGGCCACUGGUGCCAAGCGUCGAGAGGAGCCGCUGCGUGGGAACAGGCAGAAGGACACAGCCUCUUGUGACCCACAGCAGGCCUUGCUCAAGGCACUCUCCUUGCUGGGCAGCGAUGACUGGGAGCUGAAGGAGAAGGCGCUCUCCAGCAUCGGACAGCUGGCUGGGUCCCAUUCAGAAGUCUUGCUUUGUAGACUUCGUGAAAUUUGCCUGGCAGUUACCAGCGAGGUGAGAACAUUCUUCUGAAUUGUCCCCCAUACCUCAUACAUGGUGUGUAGAGCAGAUAUGUGCAUGUUCAUGUCCAUGUGUGCUCAGGGAUUGCCUUCAUUUCUGUUUCUAGACCUUGUAUUUCUAAUGUCUCCCAGCUAGGAUCAGUGUGUGCAUGUAGCUGUAUUUCCUGGUAGGUUGGCUGUCUGACACUCAUCUUUGA